CAUGGAACUUCACCGUCUUAUAGAUGAUGUAGAUUCGAAUUCUGUCACUCCAUUAGAUUCGGAAAUUAGAUCAGUUAUCUCAAUUCUUUCCCGUCAGGUCGCUGAACUUUGUAAUAAAAAUAUGGAAUAUAAUGAUUCCUUAAUUCGAAUGAAUGAUGAUUUAAAUUUAUCUCGUAAUCACCUGCCCGCACCUGGGUUAUCAAAUAGUUCCGAUUCCUUCUUCGACGUACAUAAGGCAAUUCGUGGCGAAGAAAAUUCUAUUUAUAAUACAACACGCCAACAAAUGAACCCGCUUGCUACAUUGUGGUUCAUUAAAUAUUUAGUCGAUCACGAUCUUUGCAAACCUGAUAAAAAUAAUCGUCAUUUACUUUCACUUUUGACGAAUAUUCCGGAACACGAUAUUGAUCGGUGGUUUAUAAGGACAAACCAAAACUAUAUCAAAUCAAACGAUAAGAAAAUUGCCCGUGAAAAAUUGAACGAACGUGCGAAAACCACUAGCAAACAAUUACGGAGGCCAAACUCAUUAAAAACAAAUGGUUCGAAUUCUACACGUGGAUCGCCGUACACCAAACCCACUCGCG